AUGAGGUUUAUAGGAAACCUUGCCUCUCUCUUGCUGAGUACUAUGCUUUGUAUCAUAGAGCUCUAUAAAAUUGAAGCAGUGCUAGAUGUAGAAAGUAGAAGAGCAUCAUCCUAUAAUGCAUGCGAUAGGAUUCUUCGUCUUGUAAACGUGGAAUUCAAGUUGCUUGUACUAAUGAUAGCUGCACAAGUCCUUUCCCUGAGCUAUGUAUCACUUCUUGUUGUCUUAAUGUUUGUUUAUGAAGUACAGAAAAAAGGAUCGGAUACUACAAUUAGUGCCUUGGAUUUCUUCAAGCAGAAGAGAUGGAUAAAGAUUGAGAUGUUCUGCAAGAUAUCCUUCUAUGUGUUCCUCCUUUAUAGAUACUUUUCAGAACUCGUUGUAAAUAAAUCAUAA